AUGCAUACUCCAUCUUUCGUCAAGCUUUUGCUUACUGGCCUGGCCGCCACUUCUGCCGUAAACGGGUUCGACCUUGGCCGACCCGCUAACCUUGCUACUCGCCAUGUUGGUGCCCUAGUUGCUCUUGCUGGAUCAGCAUUAGCACUCCCGGCCGUGGAGCCGCGGGCUGAGAUCGACACAUCAAAGAUCGAGACCCGCGCGCCUCACCAUGCUGGUCGACCCGCUGGUAAAAAAGGUGGCAAAGGCCGCAAUGGUCGCAAGCGUGAUUUGGAAUCAGUUGAGGCUGAUGCCGAUGACGAUGAGGAGAACGAACUCGAAACCCGUUCGCCUCACCAUGCUGGUCGACCCGCUGGUAAAAAAGGUGGCAAAGGCCGCAAUGGUCGCAAACGCGACCUUAACCAGGUUGAAGCCGAUGCCGAUGCCGAUGCCGAUGAGGAGCACGAACUCGAAACCCGCGCGCCUCACCAUGCUGGUCGACCCGCUGGUAAUAAAUUUGGCAAAGGCCGCAAUGGUUGCAAACGCGACCUUAACCAGGUUGAAGCCGAUGCCGAUGCCGAUGCCGAUGAGGAGCACGAACUCGAAACCCGCGCGCCUCACCAUGCUGGUCGACCCGCCGGUAAGAAAAAUGGCAAAGGCCGCAACGGUGGCAAACGCGACCUUAACCAGGUUGAAGCCGAUGCCGAUGACGAUGAAGAGCACGAACUCGAAACUCGCUCGCCUCACCAUGCUGGUCGACCCGCUGGUAAGAAAGGUGGCAAAGGCCGCAAUGGUCGCAAACGUGAUUUGGAAUCAAUUGAGGCUGAUGCCGAUGACGAUGAGGAGAACGAACUCGAAACCCGUUCGCCUCACCAUGCUGGCCGACCCGCUGGUAAAAAAGGUGGCAAAGGCCGCAACGGUCGCAAGCGUGAUUUGGAGUCAGUUGAGGCUGAUGAAGAGGAACACGAAAUCGAGGCCCGCGCGCCUCACCAUGCUGGCCGACCCGCCGGUAAGAAAAAUGGCAAAGGCCGCAAUGGUGGCAAGCGUGAUUUGGAAUCAGUUGAGGCUUGA